AUGGAGGCCUUGAAAGCAUCAUCAUUUCAUCACAUGGCCAAGCCUGAAGUCUCUAGCACUGUUUGGAAGAUGAUCUGGAACUGCAGGACCCUUCCCAAGAUUCGUGCUUUCCUAUGGCAUUCAUGUGGCAAUGUUGUCGCCUCUGCUGAUUGUUUAUCUUCGAGGAACAUCCCCAUUGAUCCUCUAUGUUCCAGAUGUGGAAAGGAAAAGGAUUCUGUAGACCAUAUCAUGUUGCACUGCCCAUAUGCCAAGGCAAUUUGGUUUGGGUCAUCUCUCUCUCACAGAAUUUCGAACAAUCCUUCUCUUUUGAUCCAUGAAUGGCUUCAACAUUGGCAAAACUUGGCUUUGCAAGAUAAAAACGCAGCUAGAGAAAGCUUCAGUAAAUGCUCUUUCCUCUGUUGGCAUAUUUGGUUGGUCAGGAAAGAUUUUGUCUUCUCGAAGAAGUUUAAAUCCCUUGAAGAGAUCAUUCGCUCUGCGGAAGCAGCGUUCUAG